UGCAUGUGCUGCUGAUGUGUUUGCAUCCGAUGCGUCGUCAGUUCGUUAUAUGUUGACGCAGCGUUCUCAUCAAGGUGUGUGUCAUCGUUCGCACGAGCACACGCGCGCGUGGCUGGCGGACAGGCUGUGGGCUCGUCCACCAUCUGUGCGCCCCUCCCUCUGUGACUCGCAGCAUCCCCGGCAGCUCAGUGGACGCUGCUGCCUCACCAUCCAUCCCUGCUUCACGGCCAAACAGAGGCAGGCGUUAUAUCUGAAUGCGUAAUUUGCAGUGGGACGCUUUGAUUCGUGAGCCGCUGCGUCCUUGUUAGUGAAUGCGACCCCAUUUGGAGUCAUUUACUAAUAACAAGCUGUUGCUUUCAGCUGAAAUUCAUUUUAAAACGCUUCUUUCUCGGUGGGAUUUUUCCAAGUUUGUCCAAAUGCGGCAGCGAUGAGCUGCGAGCGAAUCAGAGGGAGGCGGUUUGAGUUGUCAGAGUCACAUCCAGGGUUCAAGCUCUCCUCACUUUGCUCCUCUGCCUGCUUUUUGGGGGAUGCGACGUCAUGAGCUGAUCCCGCCUGACAGAUGUGCUGCAGCUGCACAGGCACAGAUAGUCCGAUCCUGAUUUUUUAUUAUUAUUUAAAUGAUAAUGCUGCAAAAAGGAAGGAGGGAGAAAAUCUUCUUAUGAGAUAAAUGUGAGGUUCUCUUGUUUUUCCACUGACGGAUCGCAAACCUUCAUUCAUUUUUCGGCUCUGCGUAAGAUGAUACCUGGAUCUGCCGCAUCAAUGCUACCAUCUGCAGAAGCCGCGAAAUUGUACCAGACCAAUUACGUCCGCAACUCCCGUGUAAUCGGACUCCUGUGGGCCAUUUUCACGAUCCUGUUCGGCAUCGUUAACGUGACCAUCUUCUCGCAGCCCUAUUGGAUCGGGGAUGGCAUGGACACCCCGCAGAUCGGCUACUUCGGCCUGUUCCACUAUUGCAUCGGGGACGGACACUCCAGGGACCUGGACUGUCAGGGCAGCUUCACCGAGUUCGCCGCCAUCCCCUCCACUGCGUUCAAGGCCGCCUCCUUCUUCAUCGGAAUGUCAAUGAUGUUGGUGGUCACCUGCAUCGGCUGCUUCAGCCUCUUCUUCCUCCUCAGCACCUCCACCGUCUACAAGAUCUGUGGCUGGAUGCAAGCAGCAUCAGGUGUCUGUCUUGUGCUGGGGUGUAUGAUCUAUCCUGAUGGCUGGGACAGCGAUGAAGUCAGGAGGAUGUGUGGGGAGCAGACAGACAAGUACAGCCUGGGAGCUUGUUCAGUGCGCUGGGCUUACAUCUUGGCAAUCAUGGGCAUCCUGGAUGCCCUCAUACUCUCCUUCCUGGCCUUUGUCCUGGGGAACCGACAGGAUGGACUAAUGACGGAGGAGCUGCUGGCUGAAAGCAAGGGAGGGAACGCUUAACUGAUGUUUAGGUUCCCUGUUCCGAGUGUCAUUUCCUAUGAAGCACCAGUCAUUCGGUAAUGUAUUCAAAGAGAGCGGACCGAUUCAAGGAUCAAGUGGAACUCUAUGGAAGCAUUCGGCCUUCCUUUUCACCAAUGUAACCUACCUUUGAAGUUCAUCCAUUCUGUCCAAAGCCCUCAAUCGUUGAUUCCAGCACUUAGAUGGAUCCCAGGACACCGUUUCCGACUUAGAUCUAAGGAGCCAACCCUUGUACAGCAAUGCACAGACCAUGGCGAGGGCAGUGACUGUUACUCUGGGAAGAAGACGGUAUACGUACGGAGUAUCUAUUUAUCUAACGGCCUGAGAACCAUUGACAUUUACACUUUCAGCGCAACCACAAAUCAUCCAACAACAUACAGAAACCUACACAAGCAGUACAUUCAGAAAAAAGACUUAAAUAUUAUUGUGUAAUUACAAGUAUUAACCUAUGUUAACACCAAAAUGUGUGUGUCACCGUCAGAAUGGGUAUCAUGUUUUAUUUGUUAAAAGUAGAAAAAAGAAAUAUAUCAGCUUAAUCUGUAGUGUUAAGAUUAAACAAUGUUAAGGUUUAUUUUUCAUCUCUGGCUCAUAGGAUACUUUCUUUCCCUGAAAAUAAUAUUUAAAACCAUUUUCCAUUAAUAUUAUACUACAGAGACAACUAGAAUAACAAAGUGUGUAUAGAGAAUAUUUCAAAGUGAUCUAUGAGGAUUUUAACGAAACCCAUUCAACAUCCUAUUUACUACCCAACUUUGCACAGUGCUCAAGUUUUAAAAAAAGAAUUCAUAUUUUGUAGCUGAUGUAUCUACACUGUGAUGGUGGCUAUCAGAACUGCCAGCUGCAAGACUCUUAGCCGCUACACGAGUCUGACUCUGUAUGUUAGUGUGUUUUGGUAUUAGCAUGCACACACACAUCAUUGCUGUAAUGCUACGUUCAGACCGCAGGCAGCAGGAGCAGCAAAAAGGCGCGUGCUGCUUCAUUUUUGAUGCUUGUACAAGUUUAGUUCUGACGCGCUUCUGAAGCAUCUUUGCUGCUUUAGCUGCACGGUUGAAAAGUGGAUCUGAUUUGCGUUUGGCAGAGCUACCCUAUCCUCUCUUUGCCUGUAACAAUGGCAGCUAUAUAUGCUGUGAUCAGUAGGUAAAAAGUAGUUUUA